CCGUUCACAACGAGUUUGACUGCUGAAGCAAUCGCUCGCGUUUUUCUUCAUACUCGCUGCACUUCUUUAAACAAAGUGACGAUUGUCUACCAAUAGUUUCCCGUUCAUUAGUCAUUACAGUUUUUGUUUGUUUCCAUGGAAUUUUGAUAAAUUCACCAUCUGAACGUCAACAAUGUGUCAGCGGAUCCAGUCAUCUUCGCAGCUUUCUAGUACUUGUCAGAUUGUUAUAGUGUUGGUACUUCUAGGCCAAGCAUGCCGAGGAGAGCAACGGCAAGGUGAACCUUCACAAUACCCCGACGGUUACUUCCCGUUUGAGGAAUCUCCGACGAGAACUCCACCUAAAGUGAGAAGACCCCCCUAUGCCCAGGCCGAUGUUGAUUGCCCAGGUAUAGAUUCACCGGCGGCUGGAGAUGGAGGUGUUCAAUCGCUGGACAACUUGUGUGGCGAUCUCAACAAAGGUUACAUCCCAAAGAGUCCUUUAGGUCGAAACGUCAACGGACAUUCCUAUCCUUUCGAGCUCAUCCGCAACAAGACAUUGGACUUUUUCAGUUCUACCCUUCCUAUUCUGAAGGCUGAUAAGAACUUACCAAAGUUAGCGAAAUAUGAAGAUUUCGACGUCGUCGACAAAAACGAUCAACAAAUGUGGAAGUCGAAAAGAAACAAGCGAUCCACUGAUGAGGGGUCAGUCACACCGGAAGAAAGCGAAGAGAAAAAACACCCGAGGCGACAGGGAAGAGGCCUGUGCGACAAAAAUUAUGGCAUGUCAGUCAAUUUAAUUUGUACGAUUUUGAAUCUCAUCAAUGGCCGUUUUAUGUCGGCCAUUAACCCACAGGAGAGGAUUGAGAACCCUGAUCUAUUGCCAUCCAAUAAUUAUAAUAACAAAAACAACAAUCAAAUCGGAGAAGACCCGUUAACUCCUUGUCCUUCAGCAGCAGAAUAUGUCACUCCUGUUUACGCCAAAAACUAUCAAGGUGUUUGGCGGUACGUCGUUCAGAUUCCGUAUGAAGGCUAUUUCACGCAGACAGUUGAAGUAACAAAAUGCUUGAAAAAGAAAUGCCAUUUUAUGGACGGCUCAUGCUUAGCAUCUCCGCGUUGGGUUAGUCUGUUAGUUGCAGAACUCUUUUACCCUCAUGCUCGUUUCCCCUCUACCAAACCAGGUGCUGCAAGUCACAGAUCCAUGGGCAAAUCGGUGAUUGGUAGCCUGAAAAGUCUUAUUCCUCCACGUGUGUUACCAAAUCUCCCGCCUUAUAUCCCACGCAGUCUUCCGAUCGUACAGCCUGAAAUAGUAGAAGAAAGUACGGAACACGAAGAAGUACCAAACGAAGAAGAAGUACCAAAUGAAGAAGAAGUACCAAAUGAAGAGGAAGUACCAAAUGAAGAGGAAGUACCAAAUGAAGAGGAAGUACCAAAUGAAGAGGAAGUAGAACAAUCGUCCAGGUCUAAGAGGCAAUCAGCAACGGACACGUCAUCCACCACAAAGCAGACCUAUUGUGACGGUGUCGACGAGAUCGGUUGCUAUCAGGUUCGUUUGUACUAUGAUUGGCUGCUCGUUCCUGGAAGUUGCAAAUGCUGGAAACAAGAUUUCUUCACAAAAUAUGGCCGUAAAUAAGCUGAUAACUCUACGUGUGGGGAAACAAAUGUCACUUUAAUAUUUAUUCGUGGAACGGUCCGCUCAUGCGUUAACUUUCUUCGCCUGUCUGCGUCCGACCACAGGGUUUCGUAACUAUGAAAAGAUGUGUUUUCACAUCGUUAUACGCAUUUUUUUUCUCAUUUUUUGUGAAGUUGUGGGUUUUGUUAUUUUUUCCCCAUGUAUUAAAAAUACCAGUUGGGAUGAACUAGGUAGGUGAAUGGGCGACAAGGGUUUAAGAAUGAUGUCUAUGUCCUUACCACUACGAACGGAAGGGGGUUUCCACUGUUGUGCAUGCAAAAACUUUUGUAGACGAGCUGAUUAAUCAUGUAUCUGAAGCAUGGGAGACUGUCAUGUAUUUCCUCAAUACAGCACACAUAAUCCACAA